UUACUCCGGAAGUUGUCGUGUGUCACUGUUAUACUUCCGGUAGCAGCCAAAGCCGGUGCAGACCGUCGAACCAGACACCAAACUGCUAAACAAUAACACAUUUGACUGGGCCCAGGUUAGUGUGUUUAGUCUACGAUACGCGGCAUUGCAGGUCCUGUUCAACACGAAUAUGUACCGGGGAGGAAAUGCGAAACUUAUUCAGGGACCACCGCCGUUCGGACCCCCACCACCCCAUUGCCCUCCUUUCAGACCCCGAGGGCCCUGUGGUGUUGCUCCACCAGGACAUUUGCCGCCUGCACCUCGCGGGACAUUCUCGACCUCAGCUCAGGAGAGCCAUUUCCUCCUAAACAGGCCACCAGCACAGCAUUUCCUACGUCCCCACUUUAGCACCUUCUCCAUAAAUGAUAGUACAAUGGGUGCUUUGGGAGGCAGCCAGCAGAUCUCCUCUCCUGUUCAUCAACAUAAUCAAGUGCCACUGUGGAAGCCCCCACUUGUGGAUCAUCAACCUCCUGACAGCAGUGAGCAGGCUGGUGAGGAAUUCCUAAGAUGUAUUGCAGCCAACAAGCCUCUUCCAGACUAUCUCAAAGGAAACAUGGCAUACAACCUGGCUGAGGCAUUUAACUCUGCAAAUGUUCUGAAAGACAUCCUCAAAUCAAACCCUGACUUCAAGAAGCAUCCCACCAGGAGCAAAAGCCGUAGCCGAAGCCGUGGAAAAUCUCGAGCGAAGAGUCGUGCACGAAGCAACAGCCGAGCACGAAGCAGAGGAAGGAACAAAAGCCUUGAGCGGGGAAAGAGCAGGGCCAGAAGCAGGAGCAGGGGCAGGAGCAGGGCCAGUAGCAAGAGCAGGGCCAGUAGCAAGAGCAGGGCCAGAAGCAAGAGCAGGGCCAGAAGCAAGAGCAGGGCCAGAAGCAAGAGCAGGGCCAGAAGCAAGAGCAGGGCCAGAAGCAAGAGCAGGCUCAGAGGCCGGGCCAGAAGCAAGAGCAGGCCUCGCAGUAGGAGUCUGAGCCAGAGCCGAAGCAAGAAGAAGAGUCAAGUGCGGAGCAAGAGCCGGCCCAGGAGGUCCAGGUCACAAAGUAGCAGCAGUGAAAAAGCCCAUGGCAAAGAUUCAAAGAGAAUGAGUUUUAGCAGCAAUAAGACUCUGACAGGGAAAAGCCUGUUGGAAGGACUGAAGCUGGUCAUGAAGAGCAAAGAGCUGGAAGAGCGGUUGCCAACCCUCAAAGAUGCCAUCCUCACUGUUCAGGCCUCAGAGAGAAGCAGAAACAUGGAGUGUGUGCCUAACGGGCAGAGACAUCAACAGUGCAACAGUAAUGAGAACUCAACAUCAUUGGAAAAUGACAGUAUGGUCCUUCCCCAUGACCGAGUAGGCAGUGACUUUUCUUGGCUCCAGGUGCAGAGUCAGCAGGACUCUGCAGUCAUGAAAGCAGAUGUUCUUGAGGAUGAAGAGUCAUUUUUGUAUGGGAAUGAAGAUACAGGAGGAAAAGGGGACAAAAAAUCCUCCCCCACACUCUUUACACCAUUUCCCCAGGUCGGAGAGCCUGCCAAUCAUUCAGGCAGUCAACAACAUCAGACGUCCAGAUUCAGCACUUUUGGGGGUCCGCUUGAUCUGAAGCAUUCCCAAAUGACUUCCCCUGGUGCAGCCUCUGCCAAUCUGGACAGCAUUGAGUGUGAGAAGAUCAGGAACAUAUUAGAAAGUCUGGGCAAAGCAGACGUCAGCGAGAUCAUGGUUAAGAUGCAGGCGCUUAAGGAAGGGAAGCAACCGUCUCCUGCAGCCUUAGCAUUGCCAGCACUGAGUAACCCCAACGUACGUCACGCUCUGGAGUCCUUACAGUCAUUGAUCAAAGUUACCAAGGAAAGGCGUGAAAAAAGCGAUGCCAAUGUCACACCUCUAACAUUCUCUGAUAGAUAUAAGGCAGGAGACAAUGAGGAAACGAGAACUAAAAAACAAGCCAGAAUGAGUCAAAUGGAAUCUUUGAUGAAAGAGCUGGAAGGACUGUUGAAACAGGAUGGCCUGAAUUUUCUGAGUCCAGUAAUUGGGUUUUACUGCCAGAAAUGUGAAGAGUUCAUUGGAGAUCUGAAUAGUGCUGAAAACCAUGCAGCCAUCCAUUCCCAUAGUAACUCCAGCAGGAAACUACCGAUUGACAAGCCUGCUGAAGACAUCAAGGGAUCCUCUCGCCAUUUUAACAACAGCACUGAGCACCCACACCCAUCAGACAGGAGAGCAUAUCACAUGGACCGCAGUGAUCACAGAGACCAUCAACGGGGCUGGAGAGACGAAAGAGAUCAACAAAGCAAACACCACAAAGACCGCAGAAGCCAAGGAGCGGGACAGACUAGCGGCUCUUUGAAAGAGGAGAUGAGGAUGGAGAGGAUGCUCAUAACGGUGUCCCAGGGACUGACUCCUCCCCCAGACGCCAGGGUUAAGGAGCAGGUGAACAAUGGGCCGGAAGUCGAAAGCCGUAGCAAAGUCAACGUGGAGGACAAGGCUGGCCAGGGAAAAGCACCCAAGGACAAAAGAGCAAAAGAUGAAAGCAGUGAUAUUAGAGGUGACGACAGAGGAAAAAAGCACAUUGAAAAAUCACCAAAGAAGAAGAAGAAGGAAAAAAAGAAGAAGAAGAAGUCUUAAUAGUGGAAUUCUUGUCAUCACUAGCCUGAUGCGAUGUCGGCAUCUUGUUGCUGCCCAAGUAUUUCUAAACAACUUCUAACAAUCUUUUAUUGAUGUGGUCAGAAGAUGGCAGUAGGCCUCAAGGACGGAUUGGCUAUUGUGCUGUUAAGAAGAGCAUAUAGUUGCCAUAGUUCAAAGAUUAUUCUAGAUGUCAUAUUUGAAUUUUUUGCAGAACACUCAUGUGCUGGUUUCGUGUUCUAAAUUAAAGGUUGAAUUGUUUUUGUAUUAAAUCUGUUCUCAAUACCAUUGCUACUAUGUCACUGUUUUCCAACAACAUUAAAGGAUUAGAAAUGUAAUCUGUAUUUUGCAGCUCUUUCCAUUUUCUUGUUUGCAUAUUUAUCUGAAAUAUAAGAUCACACACAA